GAGGAGGUCGCGGCGCCGGCGGGGGGAUGUCGAGGAGCUCGAAGGCGGUGCUGGGCCUCUCGGUGGUGCUGACGGCGGCCACCGUGGCCGGCGUGCAUCUGAAGCAGCGGCAGGACCAGCAGAGGCUUCGUGACGGAGUGAUCAGAGACAUUGAGAGACAAAAUCGGAAAAAAGAAAACAUUCGCCUUUUGGGAGAACAGAUUAUUUUAACUGAGCAACUUGAAGCAGAAAGAGAGAAGAUGGUAUUGGCAAAAGGAUCUCAAAAAACAUGACUUGAAAU